CGUCGACCUCGAGAUAGCCAAGGAGCAGCCGCUGCUCUGAAGCAAACGACGCCGCACUCUACGGUCGGUCGUUCACGGAUCCGGAGUGCUUGUUUCUCCGCUCCGAUCAGUGUGUAAUCGGCGUGUGCAUCUGUGCUCCUGCGAAUUUACGAUAGUGUCGGUGAAAAUCAAAGAGAGAGAGAAAAAAAGUGCACUCAGAAGGAACGAGAUAAGGAUGUGGCGAGAACAUCCAGGCGGGGGGUACAAGAUACCCGUCAACAUCAUCGCUAUGCUCUUGUUAGUUGCUGUCUUGGUAUCGACAACGGUUGUUUCGGCUGAAGAUGUAUCCAUGGGACCGGUAUUCGUCAAGGAACCUCCAAAUCGAGUUGAUUUCUCAAAUGGAACCGGAGCUGUUGUCGAAUGCCAGGCAAGAGGAAAUCCUCAACCGGAUAUCAUCUGGGUUCGCUCCGAUGGAACUGCUGUAGGAGACGUUCCUGGACUGAGACAGGUUUUUCAAAACGGAAAUUUGGUAUUCCCUCCUUUCCGCGCUGAGGAUUAUCGUCAGGAAGUUCACGCUCAGGUCUACAGCUGUUUGGCACGUUCCCCUGCAGGUUCAGUACACAGCCGUGAUGUCAACGUGAGAGCUGUCGUCACUCAGCCUUACAAUCCAGAGAUAUUGACUGAAUACGUUAUAAGAGGAAACAGCGCGAUCUUAAAAUGCAGCAUUCCCAGUUACAUCGCAGAAUUUGUUACUGUCGAAGCGUGGAUUCGCGAAGAUGGAGAGGUUUAUCUUCCGGACGAUCUAGCAGUCGUACAGGAUGGAAAAUACUUGGUGCUACCAUCCGGAGAAUUGCACAUCAGGGACGUCGGACCCGAAGAUGGAUAUAAGACUUACCAAUGUCGCACGAAACACAGGCUCACAAGUGAAACUAGAUUAUCUGCUACGAAGGGACGUCUCGUCAUUACUGAACCGGUGACCAGUACGAAACCGAAAUUUCCAAUGACAGAAAAUUCUCGUACCCUCACGACGUACACAGUGCAACGUGAUCAUCCAUUAACUUUGCCAUGUCCAGCUCAAGCGUUCCCCGUGCCGAGCUACAGAUGGUACAAAUUCAUCGAGGGUACAUCGAGACGUCAACCGGUCCAGCUGAAUGAGCGCGUACGUCAAGUAAGCGGCACUCUGAUCAUUCGUGAAGCACGAGUCGAAGAUUCCGGUAAAUACCUUUGCAUCGUCAACAAUUCCGUCGGCGGCGAAAGCGUGGAGACUGUUUUGACUGUCACGGCACCACUGAAUGCGGAAAUCGAACCUAGCACACAGACCAUCGACUUCGGAAGACCCGCGACCUUUACCUGCACCGUCCAAGGCAACCCGAUCAAGACCAUCUCCUGGCUCAAGGAUGGAAAGCCUCUUGGAUUGGAAGAUCGCGUACUAAGGAUCGAGAGUGUAAAGAAGGAAGAUAAGGGAAUGUACCAAUGCUUUGUUAGAAAUGAUCAGGAAAGCGCGCAAGCAACGGCAGAAUUGAAACUUGGCGGAAGAUUCGAGCCCCCCCAGAUUCGUCCAGCCUUUGCAGAAGAGACUCUUCAGCCUGGACCGAGCAUGUUUUUGAAGUGUGUUGCCAGCGGAAAUCCCACCCCCGAAAUUACCUGGGAACUUGAUGGAAAACGACUGUCGAACACCGAGAGGUUGCAAGUGGGACAAUACGUCACCGUCAAUGGUGAUGUCGUUUCGCAUCUGAAUAUUUCGAGCAUUCAUACCAAUGAUGGUGGACUGUACAAGUGUAUUGCUGCAUCAAAGGUUGGAGCUGCCGAACAUUCUGCCCGUCUCAACGUAUAUGGUUUGCCAUUCAUUCGUCACAUGGACAAGAAAGCUAUCGUUGCAGGAGAAACUUUGCGUGUCACCUGUCCUGUUGCUGGAUACCCGAUCGAAAGCAUCGUUUGGGAACGAGAUACCAGAGUUCUACCGAUUAACAGAAAGCAAAAGGUCUUCCCUAAUGGCACUCUCAUCAUCGAGAAUGUUGAACGAAUGAGCGACCAGGCGACUUACACUUGCGUAGCACGCAACGCCCAAGGUUACAGUGCACGUGGAACGCUGGAAGUUCAAGUUAUGGUGGCGCCGCAAAUCGCGCCCUUCACCUUCGGUGAUGAGGCAGCCAAUGCAGGAGAGAUGGCGACUGUCCAGUGCGCCGUGAUAAAGGGUGAUCUACCUAUCGAUAUAAUCUGGUCGCUUAACGGGCGUGUGAUCGACACCGCGAAUGGCGCAUUCGACGAGCAUAAUUACGAUAAUUCCGAUAUAAUGAUAAGCAGGAGUAGCAAACGGGCCAGCACACUGACGAUUGAAUCGGUAGCCGCAAGACAUGCGGGCGAGUAUUCGUGCACUGCGAGCAACAUGGCCGGAACUGCUACCCAUUCUUCGGUUCUGUCGGUGAACGUACCUCCUCGUUGGAUUCUGGAACCCACUGAUAAGGCAUUCGCUCAGGGAUCUGAUGCGCGAGUUGAAUGCAAAGCCGACGGUUUCCCCAAGCCUCAAGUCACAUGGAAGAGAGCUGCUGGGGAUACGCCGGGAGAUUACACUGACUUGAAAUUGAGCAAUCCUGAUAUUAGUGUGGAAGAUGGCACUCUAUCUAUUAAUAACAUCCAGAAAACGAAUGAAGGCUAUUAUCUUUGCGAGGCUGUUAACGGCAUUGGAUCAGGCUUGUCGGCUGUCAUUCUUAUUUCGGUUCAAGCUCCUCCUCAAUUUGAAAUUAAAUUAAGAAAUCAGACCGCUCGUCGUGGAGAACCGGCUGUGUUGCAAUGCGAGGCACAAGGAGAGAAACCAAUUGGAAUCUUAUGGAACAUGAAUAACAAAAGGCUAGAUACAAAGAGCGAUUCUCGUUACACUAUUCGCGAAGAAAUCUUAGCCAAUGGAGUACUGUCCGACUUGAGCAUCAAACGAACCGAAAGAAGCGACUCUGCUUUGUUUACUUGCGUAGCUACGAACGCUUUUGGCAGUGAUGAUACUAGUAUUAACAUGAUUGUACAAGAGGUACCGGAAGUUGCAUAUGGUCUCAAGGUGUUGGAUAAAUCAGGACGUUCUGUGCAAUUAUCAUGGGCCGCACCAUACGAUGGAAACAGUCCUAUCAAGCGAUAUGUCAUUGAAUACAAGAUCAGCAAGGGUUCCUGGGAAACUGAUAUCGAUAGAGUGCUUGUACCUGGCUCGCAACAGAAUGUAGCUGGAGUAUAUAAUCUGAGGCCCGCAACUACAUAUCAUCUUCGAAUCGUCGCUGAGAAUGAAAUUGGCACAUCUGAUCCGUCCGACAUGGUCACUAUUAUUACUGCCGAAGAAGCACCUACUGGUCCGCCAACCUCUGUCAAAGUGGACGCUCUCGAUCAACAUACACUCAAGGUAACAUGGAAACCACCUCCACGUGAAGAUUGGAAUGGUGAAAUUCUUGGCUAUUACGUUGGAUACAGACAAUCGGCGGACAAGCCAUAUAUGUUUGAGACUGUCGAAUUCUCCAAGGAAGACGGAAAGGAACAUCAUCAUCUGCAGAUCGUUAAUCUCAAGACUUAUACGCAAUACGGCGUCGUCGUUCAGGCAUUCAACAAGGUUGGUUCCGGACCGAUGAGCGAAGAACGCAGACAACACACCGCAGAAGGCGUACCCGAACAACCGCCGCACGACACCACCUGCACGACUCUUACCUCUCAGACUAUCAGAGUAUCCUGGAUGUCACCACCUCUCAGCGCGGCUAAUGGUGUUAUCACCGGCUACAAAGUUAUUUAUGGCCCGUCCGACACAUGGUAUGAUGAAAAUACAAAGGACACCAAGAUCACUUCUUCCAGCGAAACCAUUCUGCAUGGCCUCAAGAAGUACACGAACUACAGUAUGCAAGUUUUGGCUUUUACUUCCGGCGGAGAUGGAGUCAAGUCCGCACCGAUUCACUGCCAGACCGAACAAGAUGCACCCGAAGCUCCAAUUGCUAUCAAAGCUCUGGUCAUGUCCGCGGAAUCUAUUCUUAUCUCAUGGCGACCACCUAGCCAGCCUAACGGAGUUAUUUCUCAAUAUACCGUUUACACGAAAGCUGAUAAUGCCGAGGAACCAACCAGCCAAAAAGUACCGCCGAAUCAACUUACUCACGAAGCAUCUGGACUAGAUAAACAACUCAGAUAUGAAUUUUGGGUAACUGCUAGCACAAAUAUCGGCGAAGGAGAAGCUUCUAAGAUUGUGACUCUGGCUCCAAGUGUUCGAGUACCGGCUAAAAUUGCAUCGUUCGACGACAAAUUCACUGCAAUAUACAAGGAAGACGUAAAGCUGCCAUGUCUCACUGUUGGUGUACCUGCACCGGAAGUAACAUGGAAAGUACGAGGCGCGACUCUUCAGCCAAGCGACCGAUUGAGACAAUUGCCCGAAGGUUCAUUGUUUAUCAAGGAAGUCGACCGCGCGGACACCGGCGAAUAUUCUUGCUAUGUGGAAAACUCUUUUGGACACGACACUGUAACUCAUCAAUUGGUCGUACAUGCUCCUCCGCACUCGCCGCAGGUCACACUUACCGCCACCACUACAAAUUCUUUGACAAUGAAAUUACGUCCACAUCCGACUGACAAUGCACCGAUUCACGGCUAUACAAUUCACUACAAACCCGAGUUUGGCGAGUGGGAAACUGUUCAAAUCAGUUCGACGGCACAAAAAUAUACUCUUGAAAACUUGUUGUGCGGUUCUCGAUAUCAGAUCUACGUCACGGCUUAUAAUGGAAUUGGAAUUGGUGAUCCUUCGGAUAUUCUAAACACGCGCACGAAAGGCUCCAAACCGAUCAUUCCUGAAGCGGCAAGAUUUAUCGAAGUGUCCACGAACAGCAUCACUCUGCACUUAAGCGCCUGGUCGGACGGUGGCUGUCCCAUGUUAUACUUUGUCGUUGAACACAAAAAGAAGCAUCAACAGGAAUGGAAUCAGGUCUCCAACAAUGUCAAGAUUGGCGGUAACUUCGUAGUAUUGGAUCUGGAUCCCGCUAGCUGGUAUCAUUUACGUGUUACUGCUCACAAUAAUGCUGGUUUCGCCGUGGCCGAGUAUGAAUUCGCGACAUUGACGGUGACUGGCGGCACGAUCGCACCUCCCGUACGUAACGGCGGUAACGACAACGCUGCGGAUGUAAGACGUUAUUUCCCAUGGUUACCCAGCUGGCUCGACGUAAACGUGGUGGUGCCGGUCGGCGCGACGGUCGUUGUCAUAAUAGUAGGAAUAGUUGUCAUUUGCGUGGCCCUCUCGAGGAGAACUCGAGGUCCGGAACAAACGCGGCUGCGAGGUAUCUCUUCAGCCGACGAGAAAUAUUACGAGGGACAAUAUGACGUAGUCUAUCAACAAACCGGUGUUGGCGGCGCAACUCUAGACAAACGCAGAUCCGAUCUUCGUGACGAACUUGGAUAUAUCGCGCCACCGAAUCGCAAGCUGCCGCCUGUACCUGGUUCCAACUACAACACAUGUGAUCGUAUCAAGCGAGGUGGAACUGGCUCGUUAAGGAGUCACUCGACGUGGGAUCCGAGACGACACAUGUAUGAGGAAUUGAGUCGCUACGCGCCCAACAGAAGAUGCCCGCCGCCACCACGUAUGGGCAGCGCAGACGGUCUCUCGCAUAGAGGUAUGGAGGAUGAGAUCUGCCCGUACGCUACCUUCCAUCUUUUGGGAUUCCGUGAGGAAAUGGACCCGAGCAAGGCUAUGCAAUUCCAGACCUUCCCUCAUCCAGGAAAUGGCCAUUCUGGCACCAUGGGACCACCUGUAGGACAUCCGACUAAUGCUUCUGCUCACAGCCGUUCUGGAUCUCAAUCUAUGCCGCGUCAAAAUGGCCGUUACUCACGCGUACCAUCCCAAGGAGGCGGCAGCGGCACUCAUAAUGUCUUCUCGCCCGAAUACGACGAUCCGGCUAAUUGCGCUCCCGAGGAAGACCAGUAUGGAUCUCAGUACGGACAAUAUGGCGCACCUUAUGAUCAUUACGGAUCUCGCGGAUCAGUCGGACGUCGUAGCGUAGGCUCAGCUCGCAAUAUUCCUAUGUCCGGCUCACCGGAACCGCCUCCACCGCCACCGAGAAACCAUCAGGACCAGAACAAUUCCAGCUUCAACGACAGCAAGGAGAGCAAUGAGAUCAGCGAGGCCGAAUGUGAUCGUGACCAGCUUGUCAACCGCAAUUACGGCGUGAAUGCACGCGGCAAGGACGGCAUGACCACCGAGGAGAUGCGUAAACUCAUAGAGAGGAAGCCAAACGAAGCUCCCGGCCGGCAAACCGGCAGCCCCCACGGCGGUCACGGGGGACUCCUCACACCCUACGAUACUGUGGCAGUGUAACCUGUAAAUCAUCAUCUUCCGUGAUCUUCCGCUUCUCUCGAUAGCCGGCGGCCACGAGGAAAGUAGCCGAGAGACGCGGAAAUGAAGCGCACGCUAAUUCUUCCCCCGGUGCUGUCGUCGGUCCAAUUUGCAACGAUUUACGAUAGAAAUUAGACGUCGUCGCGAGUAGAUAGAUUCGAUUACCACGUAAGGUAUACGCAUGUUGAUAUCAUCUCGAGAUCGUGACUACCGACAAAGAUCUGCGCGGUCCGUCUUGCGAAAUAAGAUUGCCUCCUUCGCCCCUAACACGACCAAAUUACGCGACUUCUCCUUUUUCUCUCGCAAACACUUGUCGGCCUUCCAUCUUUCCCUUGUACUUCCUCGAGUACGUUCGUUUACAAUUGAUCUUUGGGGAAGGCCAACUUUGAAACUGCCUUGUUUUUGAUACAAUUUUUCGAACCAAUUCAGUCGAUUACGCACAUCUAGGAAGGCCAGAUUCAAGACUGUCUAUAUCUACUGCCCUAUCGCGAAGGAGGCGCAGCGAUUCAUGAAGUCACUCAUGCUUCGUUCGCAAGUCUUGCGAGUCCUGAAACUCUUUGUACACGUUCAAUUAUGUCGACUAAAACCUUUUUAUACUGCUUGACAGAGAUAAAAGGCAAAAUUUGCGUUUAGACACGAAUGAUACUCAAUGAGAUGUGAUAUAAGCUUAUCAAUUAACUUAUUAAUUAUCUUUGCCUAUUUUGUAUGAAAUAUUUUUAUUAUAAAAAAAGACGAAUUUUUCUCCGCACUAUCGUCGAACGUGUACGCGAGAUGAGGUUUGAGGCUCGCAGCUGUCGCUGUGAGGCAGUCCUGUAGGAAAGCGAACACACAACCGGAAGUCGCGUGUUCGCGGGCGCUCAACUGCGGCAGAGACGCGACCCGGAUGAUGGUGCUCUCGGCGACGGUGGAUUUUACGGGGGUCUUCUGAUAUACUAGAACUGUGAAUUAAUUUUGAGGGAUGGAGUAUGUUCACCGUAAGUUUCCAACAGCACUCGAUGACUUUCAGCAGCACUUUUCUUUGAAUUAAACAGAAAAAGUAAAACUUCCCGCAAAUGGUGUUUUGUUGGCUCGUAAUUCGACAUCUUUGAAGCUGAGAAAAAAUAUGUUGUUUACACUUCAGCAAAAUGACACAUAAUAAAAAGUAAAGCCUAAUGACAGAGCUUUGACAUGAAUAUAGUUACAGAAGUGUCCGAUGCGAUAUAGCAUAAAUUAUCAUCUAUUGUAAAUCCCUCAAAAUUAAUUCACAGUCCUAGUAUAUCCGGGGUAUAAUUCUAGAUUACAAUCGUCGCAGGAGUUGCGUAUAAUGGGAAGAAAAACGUAUAUAUGAUAUACACAUACACACAUACACACACAUAUACAUAUGAGAUUAGUUGGUCGCUUUUUGAGUCAUGGUUGUGCCACACUGCCGCUCUCUGAGAGCGUACGAGAUAUAUAGACAUACAUACGUACAUAUAUUAUAUACAUAUACUGUAUGAUUUAUAAUUUCGUAACGAAGGUUGUGUCCCCUCCCCCUUUGUCCCUUUGACGAUCGGCAAUCUUGAGUCUCGACGUCGCGGAGAGCAAGGUUUAUGGAGUACGUCGUCACUUCUCGUCUUUCGUCAUUAUCGUCGUCAUUGUCCUCUUUAGCGAUUCAUUUAGACGAACGAGACAUUCUUAUCGUUCAAAGGAUAAGAUUCCGUAUAGAAAACGCCGAUCGACUGUCCGUAGGAAGAACAAUGCGGCAAGCCAUCGAGGGAACGCUUCGAUAAACAGCAGGCCAGCCACGUAUAAAUUAAACAUAUUAUACAUUAACAACAUUAUCCUCACAUACACGCGCUGGUGCGUGCACGCAAUACACGUCACACCACACUUGCUGUCGUCCUAUAUAUGAUAUAAAUAUUUAGUCCGCUGUAAACAUCUAAUUAAUCCCACCCCCGUGCUAAUCUUCUUCGAUUGAUUACGACGUACUGAUAAGAUUCAUUCUGAUAUCGCGACGAUGAUCGUUAAUUAACAAAUAUAAGCGAUUCGAGUAAUAUAAAAGCUGAUUUAACGUAGAUAGCUCGUAAGCCGGACAGAUGGUCGCGAGAAGGCGUCGUUGUAUCUUUGCGACGAAGCGAGAGAUCGGGAUGGAUCGUUUUCUUAAACGCGAUCGACCGCGAUCGAGCGGUUGAUCUUCGUUGGAUCUUGGGCGAACAAACGGAACGGAUGCUUUCCGGAGCAUCUUUAGGUUGUGCAUCCCCCCGACAUCCCGCGACGUCGCGAUCACGACGUCGUGUCUCAUAGUUCGUUUUUAUCACGAUACUAUUUCUAGAUAUACAUACAAAUAUAAAUAUAUAUUAUAUAUACGCUAACUAUAUAUUAUACAUACGUUGUAAGUAGAUAUUUCUAGGUGUCGCAUUUGUUUGUCGAGACGAUGUACGAGCCGGCUCCCAGUUGGGCGACUGGGCGAAGGAGCAUCCUCGACAGACGUGUCUAUUACAGUAGGAGUGUUACAUCUUUAGUAUAUUUAAUUCGGACCAUUUGGAACAAACUUUUAGCAUUUAUGUAUAUCUCGCUAUUAUUUUAGCAUUAACUCAAUUUUCAUUCAAUUUAUUAGAUUUAUUUUAAUUGAAAGGAAUUAGGGAAUUUCUGUAUGUAUUAAACAACACGACAAGAAAACUAGCGAUUAAGAGCGGAUGGUAAUGCUUAAAAAUUUUUUAAUUUUACGCGAAAAUUUAAAGGAGAAAUUUAAUCUCCCAACGCAUUUCAAUAUUAAUUCAAUGUUGUAAUUAGUAUAUUCUAUCAUUGUUAUCAUUUCAUUACUUGUCAUAUCGUUUUUUACUUACAUAAAUGCGAUUAAAAGUAAAAACACACGGAGAAUUUCCGCAUGAAAUUUUAAGGGGUGCUUCGUCUUCAUAAGUCGCUUUUGCUUUCGCAGAGGAAUUCCUACCCUCUGCUUGUCUUAAACUGGUCGCGGCUCGACACGCCGACGCACUUUUACUCAUCGAUGUGAUUUUAAAAGGCUGCGCAAAAGCCUCGUGUCUCGUGUAUAUGUUACGAUCGCGCUCUUACCGUAAUUAACGUAGCCAUAUCGUCCCAAGUCACCCUUUAUGACUUAUAUAGUAUCACGUUCUACUCACUUAACUCGCCCCCGCGAAAAACUUUGUCGCUUCGAAUCGCUUCCGAAUUUAACCAGAGCUAACACAUCGGCGUAGACCGAUAAUGAUAAUGAUAUUAUGCAUUCGUAUAUAGUGAUGUGAUCACGUCCGCGCGCUAUUUCGGUCGCGGCUCAUCGUUUUGUCUUAUUAAGCGAAGUGGACGUCCGCGACGUCGCACAGGUGAUAACGUUAUGUUAAGCGGUCCAGGGUGCUUGGCAAGAAGUGUUGCGAAAUGAAACAUUUAGCGAACAGUGAGUUCAAUUGAAUUUCGGCUAAACAUUGAUUUCUUUUCCAGCUGGAAACAUUGAUAACGAGAAUAACGUACAACUUAAAGACUGAAAAUUUACGUCCACAUAUUGCUUUAUUCACUUUUUGCUCGCAUGAUUGCUUUAUAUUUCUACGCACAAUCUAGCAUCUAGUAUAUUAAAAUUGUAAAAUUACAUUUGCCAUUUAUAUCAGCUCUUCUUGCUAAGCACUCUCGAGCCCAUCGUUCGCUCGUCGCGUAAUCGACGUAUAUUGUGUGGUAAUUUUUUGCAAGAUUCGAUGUUACUUUUUGAGAGACGCUGCGAAGCGUGUCGCUCGCUUGUGUAUGCUUGAUUGAUAUAUGCGUUGAAAGCAUUUGGCUGUUCUUUUAGUACGACGGCGAACGCGGUUCUUCGAGCUCGUACCCUUCUCAUUGUCGCCUGUCAGACUCGAAGCGUUUCCUUUGCGUUCCUUGGUUUUCUUUAUCCUUGCACCCGUGAAAAAGAAACGCGGGAUCGCGACGUAUUGUCUAAUAAAAAAAAGCAAAGAAGAAAACGCGCGCAACAUCAUCCCCCGCGUUUGCGGAGAGACUCGAGGACCCGCUCGCAGUGUAUCGUUUCCUCUCAAUGCCACUAUUUUAUGUUUUUGUACCAAAGUUGUAGCGUCUAACUUUGCGUUAAAUAAAUAAAUCUUAAAACGGU